GUCACGUCUGGUGUAGUCACGUCUGGUGUAGUUACUUCCAUUGAUUAUAGUAGCAGCUAAUUGAUGCAGCAGACGCUACGCAAAUGGAACGUUUCAGUUAGGCGCCUGGUGUAGCUCAUACCUUACAUAAUAGCCGGUACGACGCUAGCUAGUUUGCGCGUUAACUUUAGUGGAUAUUCAGAGAGCACAGACCAUGGCGUAUCUUUCUCCUUCUGCCUGUGGGCUGCAGUCAUUUUUAUUUAGUCUGGGCAUGGGCAAUCUGUUUGAAGCUUGGUAACCAUUAUUGUUGAAGAACUACUUUGGUGAUGGAAGGAUGGUGAAUUGAUCAAUUUUUGCAUUUUGUUAAAUUAUGUAGUGACUUAUUUAGGAAUGCAAUAAUCAAAAUCCAAAAAUCUAUUUGGUUGACGGUUUGUUUCAUUAUAAACUGAGUGCAAUAUGGGGGAAGUUGAAAUAAAAUGUGACAUGAUUACAAAAACAAAGGCUUGUCAUCAACCAAAACACAUCUGUCUUUCAUCUUUCUCCCCUAUGAUCAGAUUACCCAAGAUUCAUGUUAAUGCCAGGUGUAAAGUGGGCGAUACUGACACACACAUACACACAUGGACUGGACUUGGGCUUAAAUAGAGGGAACUGAGGGAAUUUGAGCAGACACACACACACACACAGGCAGUAACCAUGCUGGUCUCUGUGCUGUUUUUCUUGUUUGGGGUCUUCCUCCUCUUCUUCCUCUUCAGGGUGAGAAGACCCAAGAACUUUCCUCCUGGACCCAGAGCACUUCCUCUGCUGGGAAACCUGUUGGAGAUCAACUCACACCAGCCACUGAAGAGUUACAAGAAGUUGGCCGAGCGCUAUGGUCCUGUCUACAGUCUGUACUUGGGUACUCAUCCUACGGUGGUGUUGGCCAGUCAGAAGGCCAUCUGAGAGUCUUUAGUCACAAGAGCCAGUGAGUUUGCAGGACGACCAAAUCACAUGUUGAUUUGCCAUAUAGUGGAAUGCAAAGGACUGUCUAUGGCAGAUUAUGGUCCAAAGUGGCAGGAGCACCGGCGCUUCGCCCUGACCACGCUGCGUAACUUUGGGAUGGGGAAGCGCACCAUGGAGGAGAAGAUUCUAGAAGAAACCCAACACAUCUGUGCCGAAGUGGAGAGGCAAUCCGGGAAGACUAUGGAUCCUCAGCAUCUCUUCCACUAUGCUGCCUGUAACAUUAUCUGUUCCAUUCUUUUUGGAUCUCGGUUUGACCACGACGACGCCUUUUUUAAGAAUCUCAUUGUCAUGAUUGAAGAAUUUACUAAAUUAAUCUAUAACCCUUGGGCAAUGCUCUAUGACGUUGCUCCAUUCACAAGGAAUCUUCCUCUGCCGUUCAAUCGGACUUUUGAUGUAAUCAGACGGAUCAAAGCCCACAUACUCAAAGACCUCAUCGACUGCUACCUGGAUGAGAUAGAGAAGCAUUUUUCCUACUGGGUCAGGGAUCGAAGUGAGCGUUGCUACCAGGAGAUCAAGGAAGUGCUGGGCUCUCGUGAGCAGGUGUGCUUUGAGGAUCACCAGUACAUGCCCUACGUCCAGGCCGUGAUCCAUGAAGCCCAAAGAGUGGCUGAUGUAGCUCCUCUGGGUUUGUAUCACAACACAACCACUGACACACACGUCCAAGGCUACAGCAUCCCCAAGGGCACAAUGGUCGUUCCUCUCCUGUCCUCAGUGCUACAUGAGGAGGGUCAGUGGAAGUCCCCUCAUGACUUCAACCCAGAGAACUUCCUAAAUGAGUUUGUGAGGGGGGAGUUUGUCAAACCUGAUGCCUUCAUGCCCUUCUCUGCAGGUUCCCGUAUGUGUCCAGGGGAGGGACUUGCUCGCAUGGAACUUUUCCUAAUCCUGGUCACAUUGCUGCGUCGCUUUCAAUUGGUUUGGCCAGAGGAAAGGGGUGUUCCUGAUUACGACAUGGUGUUUGGACUCACACAGGCACCCAAACCGUUCCACGUCACCGUCCACCUGAGAGAAGACCAGAACUAA